AUGGCUGCUCUCUCAGCCUGGUUUUGGAACGAGCGCUUCUGGUUGCCACACAAUGUAACCUGGGCGGAUUUGGCAGACCCAGCUCCCGGGGUGGAGUACCCCAAAGCUGGACACUUGUUUAAUGCCUUGCCGCUGGCGUUGGUGAUUUUCGUCGUCAGGAUAUUCUUUGAGAGAUUUAUUGCCAGCGCCUGUGCCCGGAGCCUCCACAUUCAGCCAGGUGUUGGACGAAGAGCUCAGCCCAAUGCAGUGCUGGAGAAAGUGUUUACAUCCAUCACAAAGAAUCCAGACUCGCGCCAUCUGGAUGGCCUGUCCAAGCAGCUGGACUGGGAGGUGCGAAAGGUCCAGCGCUGGUUCAGACACCGCAGGAACCAAGAUAAACCCAGUACACACACCAAGUUCUGUGAGAGCAUGUGGAGGUUUACAUUUUAUUUGUGCAUAUUUACUUAUGGGUUCCAGUUUGUCUGGCAGUCUCCUUGGAUGUGGGAUACACGGCAUUGCUGGUACGGUUAUCCCUAUCAGGUCCUGACACCGGCGCUUUACCACUACUAUGUGUCAGAACUGGCCUUCUACUGGUCACUUAUGUUCUCCCAGUUCACCGACAUUAAAAGGAAGGACUUCCUGAUCAUGUUUAUCCAUCACCUGGCUACGGUGGGCCUGAUCAGCUUUUCUUACGUCAACAACAUGGUGCGAGUUGGGAGCCUGGUGAUGUGUGUGCACGACGCCUCUGACUUCGUGCUAGAGGCAGCCAAGCUGGCCAACUAUGCCAAAUACCAGCGCUUGUGUGACUUCCUCUUCAUUGUGUUUAGUGUGGCGUUCUUUAUCACACGGCUUGUUAUAUUUCCAGUAUGGAUCCUGAACUCCACUCUGUUUGAGAGCUGGGCUAUAGUCGGGCCAUACCCAUCCUGGUGGCUCUUCAACUCCUUACUGCUGGUCCUCCAAGUCCUGCAUAUCAUCUGGUCCUACCUCAUCGCCCGUAUAGCUGUCAAAGCAAUGCUGCGGGGCAAGGUGUGCAACGACGUCCGCAGUGACAUUGAGACCAGCUCGGACGAAGAGCCCGACAAGGCCGGAGACAGCAUCAAGACCUCUUCUCACACUCCCAAAGGAGAAAACGGCACCAACGGCCACUGUGCCGCUGCCAAAUCCAGAGUGCAGAACCACUGCAGCUGGUGACACAGAGGCUGAAGCUGGGAGCCUCCUGCAGCUCUUCCAUCGCGUCUCAAGAGAGCUUCGUUCGUCUCCCGACAAUCCUAUGACGUGUGAGUGCGCACAGAUUGGUGUCGGUGGACUGAUGACGAAUACGCAGACACUGACAACUGCUCUCGAGAGCCCCGCAUUGACCUGUACGACACACGACUCAAAUGGUGACAUGUACAAAGCUAAAGUGACAUGGAAAUCAGUUGAUGUGGGUGAUUUACAUGGUCUUAUUUUACAAACGAUGGGAUUUAUUUAGUGAGUUCAGCUGCAGAUGUUGGUUUCAAUGUUCUCUCCCAGUUUUAUUGGUCAGAUGAACUUGAGUUUUGUUUUAUUUUUAAAAAAGGUUAAUUCACACUUCAUCUCACAGGGCAGAAAAUAGCUAAACUACUCUCUGUUUGAUCUGACUUUUAAAGCAUUUGGACAGCAUCACAAGCAGGUGUUAUACAUGGAACUGUGACUGUAUUAUGUUAUAGCUGUGGUUUUAUCAGCUCUUAAAAGCAGGUGCAUCUGCUGUGAACACCUGCGCUAGACCAGAAGUGAAACAUGCUUUAAAGUUUUAAACAGCAGAAGUGGUAUCUGCCCUUUUGCAAUUUAGUGUGAAUUUAUUUUUUAACCACAUUGUUUAGCUAUUUGUGACUUGUUAAGUUGUGUUUUACUGUUUUUUUUACUACAUCUUCUGAGACCAAAUGUUUAUGAAAUUGUCACUGCCUAUGUAAGAAUCGAGGUAUGAGGACUAUACUAAUUGUUCAGUAUCAUGUUCUCACUUGUGCCUUGUAAAAAAAAAUUUAAAAAAAGUUUCCAAAUAUA